AGAUAAAGAGAUAUGGUCUGUUCAUAAACUCAUGGGUGGUGAUAUGUGUUCUUCACAGGGGUGAUGGGACAGAAACCGGUCAAGGAGCUAGGAAAAGAAGACGUCCUGAGCAGUGCCGUUAGUGACUAUGAGAUCAUAAACCACUGUGAGGAGGAAGCACAUUCCAACUGCCCAGAAGAAACAGACCAGAAUUUUGUUCACUUAGACACUUCCAUACUAGAGCCCUGUCCUGGUCAGGAACCAACAACACCUAAUGACAACAACACUGAGCCCUCUUUCAACCAGGGAGGAAAAAAGAUCAGUAAGAGUUAUGACACGGAUGUUUCACAGAAUGUCAGGACACCAAAUCCUCAACUGAGCCUGGCAGGAGGUUCAUGUGCCUCAGAAUUCAAAACGGUCACAAGCGACGCAACAGCCACAGAUAUAUCUACUGCUGUGGACCAGCAACAACCUGACAAAACAGAAGGAAUGACUAACAAAACUCACCUCAAGGAUACGCCAAACAUGUUAGAAGGUUCUUGUCAAGGGGACUCAACAGAUGAUGCCGUGAGCGUUGAGAAGAAUGAGACACGAACGCUGGUGGACAGACACAAUUCGACGUUAGACACAGAGGCAAUGACAAAGAUGAGUGGUGAUGCUGAAAUAAAGAGGAAAUUCUCUUUGGAAUCGGAGAAUGCUAAUUUACUUGAAAGACAGCCAUUCCAGGAAAAAAGAGUUUCAAAGGGUAAAGAUAAAGAUGAAGUUCAGACCCUAAGUAGUGCUAAAAUUAGGAAAAGUUGUGACAAAGUUUGCAAAGAAAGUGCCGGAACUGUUCAACACAAAGAAAGUCCUAAUCCGGACAGAUUUAAGGAUUUGGACAGAGCUGAUUCUUUAUGUCUGGAGACUGCGACAACUUGUCCGUCAAUCACUGGACUUUCACAUUCACAUUCAAGUCGCCCGUGGCUUCGGAGUGCAAAUAAGCAGGAUGAUUUACAGAAGGACAAAAAUAUCAGUCUGGAUAUGUCAACAUGUAUUUUAAAAGAACCUUAUGAUGCCUCACAGACAAAUUUUGCAGCAACACCCAAAGAAAACUUCAGAAAAGACCAAAGAAACCCAACCUUCCAUACACCAUUUUUGGGAAAAGAAGAGACUAUAGCUCCUGCAUGGGGUAAAACUGAAGGUAAGGACAAAAUCUUGCAUAUUCCCUUCGAUGAACUUUGUUUAUUAAAAUCUAGAGUGACAACAUUCGACUCUGACACUGAGAGUGUUACUGAACCCACAAAUGCAGACACAGCUCUAGUUCCGUUAAGGAUUGAGGAGGACUCUGAACAAAAGGCAUUAAGCACAUUCCAUUCAGAUUUGAGCGAAAGAAAUACUUUGUUUCACACUGAGAAGAAAAAUGAUGACAAAGGGGCAUUCACUGUCAUGGAAAAGCACUCAGCAGUCAUGUCAUCUGAGAGUUUAACUGAAUCCAGUGCUAAAAAAGUCCCUGUUAGCAAUGCACCUCACCCAGCCAAAAAGGGAGUGUGGGGAGCAGAUGCACCAUGUGUGAAAAGAGACAGUAAAUCUGUUUAUCAAAAAGCUGUUCAGUCGAAAAUCACAGAAAGCAGGAAAGAUUGUGAUGGUCAUCUUAAUGGAAGAUCUUUAGUUGAAUUAUCAGGAGAAAAAGAUAAAAUUCAAGAAGAAGUGCAUCUGGACAAAAGAGUAUGUGAUCAAAAGAUCUACAGGCUGGAUGGUGCAGACACAGAAACAGAGGUCAAAGAGAGCAGCAGUAAACAUUUAGAUCCAAUUAUCGUUAACCAUUUUAACUCUUUUUCUCGCUCAGAUUUUGAUGGCGGUGACACCGCGAGAGUCACACAGAAGGCCUCUUUGCAACGGGAAAAAGAGCCUCUCUAUUUCACGGCUGUGAUCACACCACCACUUCAGAUUCAUGCAUUUCCUGAUCAGGAGGCGAGGAAGUCAUCUGACAUCUCUCAUAUGUACGUUCCUCACACUGAAAUACAGAGCAUGAUCCCUGACGUCUUACCCGCAGAUGAUCAGACAGAAAAAAAGGCCAAAAUCAAAGGACCACCGCCACCUGUUCCAAAGAAACCAAAGAAUCCCUUUAAAAAAGCCAUUGGCAGCAAGAAGUCUUCUCAUUCCAUAGAAGAGCCAAGCGAAUAUUUGGACCUGCUGCUCAAAAAUAUUAAAAUGGACAGAAGGCAGGCGGCACUGCAGUCCGCUGAGGAUUUUAAUACACAUGCAUCAUCUCUUGAUAUGUUGCCUUAUUAUAUCGAGUCCCCAUCCUGCAUGUGCAUGUCCAUAGAGCCUGAGGCUGCUGAUAUUCCAAGAUAUUAUUUAGCCCCAUACAAUGAAAUUGUUGCACUUGACUGUGAUAACUUGAUAGAAACUGUCGAUGACAGAGAACUAAAAGAAAUGGAUAUGUCUCAGCUGAGACCAUUAUUGAAAAAAAAAGCAAAAAUAAAGGGCCCACCACCACCUGUGCCAAAGAAGCCUCAAAAUCCAUUUGCUAAAACAGACACGGAGAAGAUCCAAUCAAGCAAAGACUCUGGUGUGGAAAAUGUGGAACAUCCUUUGAAAUAUGGCAGACGUGACUCUGAAAGCUACAUGAUGGACACUAAGGAUGAAGAAGACACUAAACCCACUGCAGUCCCAACCAGAUAUCCUCACGCCGCCUGUAGAAUUCCAAGCAGUGAUUCUUCCGCUUCAGAAGAAAACGAAGUGUCCAGAUAUAGGCCUGUCUCCGAACUCAUCAGAGACAGCAACAAAGUCCAGGAGAAAGUGAUACAUCACAGCAGGACAAACGUAAUGGAAGCCAGGCCAGUUGUGGCAGUGGGAAGCCAAACUCUAAAAGUAUCGCAAAUGAAAACAGCCUUUGAUGUACAAACAUCUCCCCAUAAAAUGGAAAGAAGAUCCUCACCAAAGAAAGAAAUGAUCAGACGAGUGGUACGACAGAGUAAAUUCCGUCAUGUGUUUGGUCAGGCGGUGAAGAAUGACCAGUGCUAUGAUGACAUUAGGGUUUCACGGGUUACCUGGGACAGUGCCUUUUGUGCAGUAAACCCCAAAUUUGUUGCUAUUAUUGUGGAGGCUAGUGGGGGUGGAGCUUUCCUUGUUCUGCCUCUGCAAAAGACGGGUCGUAUUGACAAGGCCUACCCAACUGUUUGUGGUCACACAGGCCCUGUGCUGGACAUUGACUGGUGCCCGCACAAUGAUCAUGUCAUUGCCAGCGGCUCUGAAGAUUGUACAGUAAUGGUGUGGCAAAUCCCUGAGAACGGCCUCACCUCAGCUCUUUCUGAGCCAGUCGUGGUGUUGGAGGGUCACUCCAAGAGGGUGGGCAUUGUGACGUGGCAUCCAACAGCUCGCAAUGUUCUGCUAAGUGCAGGAUGUGAUAAUCUCAUCAUUAUUUGGAACGUGGGCACUGGAGAAGCUCUGAUCAACCUGGAGGACAUGCAUCCUGAUGUGAUCUUCAGCGUCUGCUGGAGUCGCAACGGCAGCCUCAUUUGUACCGCAUGCAAGGAUAAGAAAGUGCGCGUUAUCGAUCCACGCAAGGGAAAGAUCACUGCGGAGAAGGAUAAGGCCCAUGAGGGAGCCCGGCCCAUGAGGGCCAUCUUUCUGGCUGAUGGAAACAUCUUCACUACCGGCUUCAGUCGUAUGAGUGAGCGGCAGCUGGCCUUAUGGAAUCCAAAAAACAUGGAAGAGCCGAUAUCAGUGCACGAAAUGGACACCAGCAAUGGAGUGUUGCUUCCCUUCUAUGACCCUGAUACUAAUGUGGUCUACCUGUGUGGAAAGGGUGACAGCAGUAUCCGUUACUUCGAGAUCACAGACGAGGCACCGUAUGUGCACUACCUCAACACGUUUUCCAGCAAGGAGCCCCAGAGAGGCAUGGGAUACAUGCCUAAAAGAGGCCUAGAUGUCAACAAGUGCGAGAUAGCCAGGUUUUAUAAACUCCAUGAGAGAAAGUGUGAGCCAAUUAUCAUGACCGUUCCUAGAAAGUCAGACCUCUUCCAGGACGACCUCUAUCCGGACACAGCAGGUCCAGACCCGGCGCUAGAGGCUGAGGAGUGGUUUGAAGGCAAGAAUGGUGAACCAAUCCUGAUCUCGCUCAAACACGGUUAUGUCCCGGGCAAGAAUCGGGACCUCAAAGUAGUCAAGAAAAAUGUGCUGGAUAACAAGGCAACCAAGAAGGUGGAGGAGCCAGCAACUCCUCAGAAACCUGCCUCUCCUCAGCUAACCAGAAAGAAUGAAGUGAAGUUAGAGGAGCUGUUGCGAGAAGUCAAGUCCCUUAGAGAUCUGGUCACGCUGCAGGACAGGAGAAUCGCCAAACUGGAAGAGCAGGUGGCUAAAGUGGCAAUCUAAGACACUGCAUCAGUAUGGAGAGAAAGAGAGAGAUUCAGGUGGGCAGGGGGGGUCAGUCACUGCCAAAAUUUCUCAAUUUGACUCGAUCAUUCCGCUUGGUGUUUCUCACAAGGACAACUUCAAGCAACAUUCCAAGAUGGACUUUUACUUUUUGUCAAGUCUCCCCCAAGCAUUCGCAUAGCAGAAGCAAAAUUGUGGCAAAGAGUGGUCACUGGUUUUAACUGAUGUUUUACAUUUUGUUAAAAAUGUUCUUACUUUUUUUAGUUAUUGUAACAUUGUUUCCAUGAGUAUUCUGAUAUUUACCAGUAUGUUAGAGUGUUGUUGUAUAUACACAUCAGUAUUUCUCUUUCCUUUUUUUGUUGUGCUGCCAAAUUUGAGGUGAUGCAGUAACCUCUCCUUUUAUUUCUACUUUUAUAUGUUUUUCCCAGUUGUAGAUAGUGGAUUAUUGAAAAACAUGAAUUUAACAUGUCAUACUAUUCAAAGUGGGACAUAAGCAGAAAAGGCAGUACUGUGUGAUUGUAAAGGCCAUUGGUACUACAGAAAGUAAUCAUAGGUGAUGAUAAGGGUAUAUGAUUUAAGGCUGGCCCACACUAAAUGAUUUAUAAAAUUUUAUCAGAUUUUCAAAAUGCGAGAGACCAUAAACAUGAUAAAAAAAUCAUAGAUUUAAGAGUUUUGUUCCUAUAGUGCGUGGAGUGCCGUGAUGUGACCAAGAAAGCACAUAACACACUAACAGAUUUCAUUCACAAACAACCACAGUCCCAGCUGUGAACAUGGGAAAUCUCACAAAACGUGACUUUAGAGUAAACAAACAUGGCAGGCGACGGGCAUGAAGAAAUGGAGUGCUUUUUACAGAAAUUCUUUGGAAAAAGGCUUGGAUGAAGUCGUGUUAUGCUUCCGGCAGCUCGCUUUCUGAUUUUGUAUCGUUUUGUUCCACCUGACAUGAAUAUUUCUGAUCGUAAAUAUUGGAUACAUUUUGGAUAUUUACGAUUUGAGAUUGGUGCAGCCCCGACAUUCUUCCGAGCAGAUUCAUUCACUCUUAACGCACAUCACACCACAGGAAAAUCUGAUAAGAUAAUCUGAAGAACCAUCAAGAUAAUCAAGAUUUUAGCUAGGAUUGUCGAAAGGGAAUUGAAUUGGGGCCAGAAUCGUCCCGAUUAUCUUGUUGUGUGUGGGUGCUUUUAGUGAAAUCUAAGAAAUGUUCAUAUAAGCAUUAAAAUUCAACAUUUAGGAUUUCAAAAUCAGUCCAUAUAAUGUCCCUUGUGAUGAUCAUGACACUGAAGUAUUAGGCACAUAGUCAUUUCCUCCAUUGCCUUGCUUUGAGAUCUUCAUAAUUGAUUAUAAGGCAUCCAACAACAGGGUUUUUCAAAAUAUAACACAGUCAGAUACAAUAUAUCCAGAAGCAAUAACACAAUGUUGCAGAAUGAAUGUGAACCUAAACCUGUUUGCAAGUGUUGUUCAAAAUGCGUUAAUCAUUCAUACGCAUUAUAAAUCAAAAACUUACCGCUGUAACUUUAUAGUAAUUAUGAAAUUACUGUUGCACCUCAGGAAAUAAACCACUUUGAAGUCAGAAACAUUGGAUGCUCAACACUUGCCUUUUGCAUGACGUUUUUGCCCACAGAAAUGGUAUCAAUUUAUUUUGAAUAGGAAAUGGCUAUUUUUUUUGCUAUCAUUACCCAUGUUCUCCAGUUUACCCCCACUUUUGAAUUCUUCUCAUGUUACCGAAUAUUGGGCUAACACAUGCUCUGAUACAUGAACUUGGCUUUAAGAGGCAGUGGCUACCUGCAGGCUCUUCUGAUGUAUAUGUACUGUAAAUGUAUUGGUGCCUCUAUGUGUGUUUCUGGUUUUAGACAGACCUCCUCAGUUGACCACUGCUGGAGGACAACAUCCAUGAAUCUGAGCACUUAUCUGUGUCCUAAACAGUCUUGUGCAUGCAUUCCAAACUUCACCUAAAAUAAAAAAAGGUUGACUCUAAAAUAAAUCCUUUCAUUCAUAAUUCUU